GAGCACGCAGCGGCCAGUGCGAGCGCGCGCGCGGACGGCACUCCGCGACCACCACGUCUCAAAUCUUCACUCGACAGACGAACCGGUUGUCGCACUUCUUACUUAAUCCUUACAUAAACCGCUGCCAAAAAUAGUUAGUUUCUCUAAAAUAUGACCUAGAUAUAUCCUUUUAAGUGUAUGUGUUUAGACAUCCAAAGUGUCGGUGAAGGGACAUUUAGGUCCAGCGGCUGUGUAAGUUGUGCGCUCGCACAGUUUACGGUAUAAUUUAAACUUUCGAAACUUCGUAUUUUUCCGUUGCGACAAAAAUGGAUUUGCAAUAUGAAGAAAAUGGUGCGCCGUUCGUGAUGUGGGGCGACAGUAAGAUCCAGCUGGAGAACUGGCCCAUCUCGGAAAAGUUCUACACAGAGAAGGCAGAGACCGAAUUACGAGAGACGCCCGAAGUUGUUGCGAAAGGUUUACAAGAACUAAGAGAACUAUUAAAAGGUGAAAAAAACCUUAACAUUCCUAUUGACAAUGACGACUUCCUGAUGAAAUUUCUAAGGCCCUGCAAAUUUUACGCAGAUAGUGCUCUAAAAAAGAUACAAGCUUUCUACAAAUUCCGACAAGCGCAUGAUCCCUACUGUCAUGACCUGAUGCCGUCUGUGGUACGCGCCGCUUUCGACCACUCCAUCAUAUCGAUCCUAGCACCUCGCGAUCAGCAUGGCCGGCGCAUCAUGUUCGUCGAGUCUGGCAAGGGUUGGGACCCGAAGGCGGUACCCCUAACCGAAGUGUUCCGCGGCGUCCAGUUGGGUCUGGAGGCGGCCAUGACGGAGCCUCGGACGCAGGUCUCCGGCGUCAUUGUAAUCAUGGACAUGCAGGGGCUGUCCCUUAACCACGUGCUGCAGUUCACGCCCUCCUUCGCUAAGAUGGUCGUCGACUGGGUGCAGGACUGUAUACCGAUCCGACUAAAAGCCGUGCACAUCGUGUACCAGCCGUACGUGUUCAACAUGGUGUUCGCGCUGUUCAAGCCGUUUCUGCGCGAAAAGCUGCGCUCGCGCAUACAUUUCCACGGCAACAAUAUGAAUUCACUCAAGGCACACGUAGACGGCAAAGCCCUGCGCCCGCGCCACGGCGGUUCGCUACCCGAAUUGGAGGUCACUGGAGAGCUGCUAUGGAAAAUGCUGUCGCACUACGAGGAAGGCUUUAAAGUGGCUAACUCCUACGGCUACGUAAAGAAUAAUGAAAACCACAAAUAACGCAGUUACAUAAGUAAAUAUUACAUUAUAGUUAGUUAGGAUAAACAAGGAUGUGGGUCAACAAAUUAUGUGUAUUUUCCGUAAAUGCGUCAUUCUCAGGGAAAAAGGGACGUAUGACGAAAUCACUCACAGCUGUAGGCCGAAAACAAUGUCGUUUUUACAACCGUUCGUCGUUUGGACACAGCUAUAGCAGUUACAUAGCUCCGUCCCUCUCUCUCAACCUAAACUAAACGGCUUUAGCACGUCAUGGUAACCCCCCUGGUAGUUUGAUUAAAUGACAGCUUUAGAUAGGUUUUAUGUGAUUCCACCAUGAUUGCACCUUUAGUAUGGCAGAUGCUGACGUUUAAAGAUUGACUCGCACUAGACCGGGCCCUGUCUGGACCGAACCUGAUGACGUGUCGGACGGCGCGGGCCCGGCUACGACGGGUCGGUCUAAUGUGAGUCAACCUUAAUGUCGAGUAAACUAAGUAUAUAUAAAGUACAAAUGUUGUUGUCGCUAAAUGUUGUGGAUGUAACAAAUACUUUAGGGUGCAAGUUUUCGCGGCUAAAAACAAUUUACGUCAAGUUUUGCUUUAAAAGAGAUAUUUUAUUAUAUUAGGUUUAAUUGAUGGUGAUAUUAGGACAAAACUAUAGGGAGAUUAAGGUUAGGUAAGUAUGUUAUAAAUAUUUUUUUUACAAAUAUAUUUUUAUAGAGAAACUAUUAUCACUUAGUAGUGUAAACAUUCCACAAUAACAGAACUAUCUACUGGGUAAUAUUAAUUUAAAAGUUACCUCGAUGUUAUGUGAUCAUUAGGAAACCUUGUCUUUACAAAUGGAAAACAAUUAUUUAAUAUUUGAUAUUUUUGUAAUAAAACAUAUAUAAAUGGA